AAAAGCAAAGAGUGACAAAGACCCCUCCCGACGAUCCCCAAAUAGACAGUUCUUCUACUCUUCGCUUCGCGAUAGCUUCUCCUCCAAGUGUGAUAUAAAAUGUCUCGAAGGUAUGAUAGCCGCACAACGAUAUUCUCUCCAGAAGGUCGUCUCUACCAAGUUGAAUAUGCAAUGGAGGCCAUUGGAAAUGCUGGAACUGCAAUAGGGAUUUUAUCCAAGGAUGGAGUUGUCUUGGUUGGUGAAAAGAAGGUCACUUCCAAGCUCCUUCAAACUUCAACAUCAACUGAAAAGAUGUAUAAGAUUGAUGACCAUGUAGCGUGUGCUGUUGCUGGAAUAAUGUCAGAUGCCAACAUCCUUAUCAACACGGCUAGAGUCCAAGCCCAGCGUUAUACUUUUGCUUACCAAGAGCCGAUGCCUGUUGAGCAGCUUGUCCAAUCUCUCUGUGACACCAAGCAAGGUUACACACAGUUUGGUGGGCUCCGUCCAUUUGGUGUUUCAUUUCUUUUUGCAGGUUGGGACAAAAAUUUUGGUUUCCAGCUUUACAUGAGUGACCCAAGUGGAAACUAUGGUGGUUGGAAGGCUGCAGCGAUUGGGGCAAACAACCAGGCAGCACAGUCGAUGCUUAAGCAGGAUUACAAGGAUGAAAUCACAAGAGAAGAAGCAGUUGAGCUUGCACUGAAAGUGCUCAGUAAGACAAUGGACAGCACCAGUCUUACUUCAGAUAAGCUAGAAUUGGCUGAAGUCUUCGUCUUGCCUUCUGGAAAAGUGAAGUACCAGGUAUGCCCACCAGAGUCCCUGAGCAAGUUGUUAGUGAAGUUGGGAAUGACCCAACCUGCUGCCGCUGAGAUAUGAAUUGCGUUUCUGUAUUUUUUUUUCAUAUGAAUUUCAGGACUUAUUGGCACAUGUUGCUGUUUGUGUUUAACGUUGUAAAACCAGAUUAUGGAUUCUUCCUCUAGUAUAAUUGAUCGUUUAUUUGAUCGUC